GAGAGAAUGGAACGUUCGGCGGAGGCAGCGGCGACGACGGUGGCCGGGAGGAGCGCGAACUUACCUUGGGUAGAGAAGUACCGGCCUCAGACCCUCGGGGAUCUGAUAUCUCACGAGGAUAUUCUGAAUACCAUACAGAAGUUUAUCAGUGAGGACCGGCUGCCUCAUCUCCUCCUUUAUGGACCUCCAGGGACCGGCAAGACAUCUACGAUUCUCGCCUGCGCUAAACAGCUUUACAAAGCGAAAGAAUUUGGCUCAAUGGUUUUAGAGCUGAAUGCUUCUGACGACCGAGGCAUUGAUACCGUCCGAGGGCCUAUCCUGAACUUUGCCAGCACCAGAACCAUCUUCAAGAAAGGUUUUAAGCUGGUGAUUCUGGAUGAAGCCGACGCCAUGACGCAGGAUGCUCAGAAUGCCCUCAGGCGUGUGAUUGAGAAGUUCACCGAGAACACCCGAUUUUGCUUGAUCUGCAACUACCUUUCCAAAAUAAUCCCAGCUCUACAAUCCAGAUGCACCAGGUUCCGGUUUGGCCCUUUGACGCAGGAACUCAUGAUUCCUCGGUUGAAGCAUGUUAUUGAGAAGGAGAAUGUUGAUGUAAGUCAUGAUGGAAUGAAAGCCUUGGUGACGCUGUCCAACGGCGAUAUGCGCCGAUCUCUGAACAUCUUGCAGAGCACCUACAUGGCUUUUGGGAAAGUGACCGAAGAGACCGUUUACACCUGCACGGGGCAGCCUCUCAAAUCCGAUAUCGCCAACAUCCUGGACUGGAUGCUGAAUCUGGAUUUCACUUCUGCCUACCGCAAUAUCUUGGAACUGAAAACCCUGAAAGGCUUGGCUUUGCAAGACAUUUUAACAGAAAUUCAUUUGUUUGUUCAUCGAGUUGAUUUCCCAACAUCUGUUCGGAUCCAGCUGCUGAUCAAGAUGGCAGAUGUGGAACACCGCCUGGCUGCGGGGACAAAUGAGAAGAUCCAACUGGGGUCUCUUGUAGCUGCCUUCCAAGUGACCAGAGAUCUGAUUGCAGCCGAGGCUUGACCAAGCUACUCUUCCCACUGCUUGAUCUACAACCUGGGUACCUAAUGGUUCUCCUUAACAACUCAUCUGAACCAUUCCUGUGGUUCUGAAUAUCCUACAGCAUGAUGUUCUCAGGAUCUUUCAGAAGAACUUAAUCCUCUCUAACCAAUCUGGACAGAAUCAAUGCCGGUCUAGAUAAACGAGAAAUGUUCUUCAAGACGCCACAGAAGGACUGUUCUCUUUUAUUAUGUCUCCAGAAUCGCAUAAUUGGUUCACAACGUCUCAAUAGAUUCACCUCAUUCGAUUAAGCUGCACCCCGAUCCCCCACCAAUCUCGUUUAAAAUAAAUCCACUUAUAUGAAAGUAUUUACGCACAAUCGUAGAGUUGUAAGAGACCUCAGAGGUCAUUUAGUCCAACUGCUGCUGAAUUCUGUUUAAAGACAUCAAGGGAUUAGGAGUUGGGCUAUUCCACUGGCUGACAGCUCUCAUUAUAAGGAAAUUCCUAAAAUCUGCCUCCAGGCAAGAUAUGGGUCCUCUCUCCCACCAUCUGAUAGAGGAUUCAGAUCUCGAUCAGGCUAAUUUACACCAGCUGAGCAGAAAAAAAAUGUCUCUUUUUGAUUUCCCUCUGCCCUAAAAUUCUUCGCAUCCUGUCUGCAAUUUCACAAGCUGGCCACUUAUUAAAACUCUUUAACGGUGCAAUUUGCACAUUUCCUCCAUCUAGGGAAUUCCUGGGUCCUCCGAAACAUCACCCACACUUCUGUGUUUCUGUUCCUAACACAAGGAAUCUCCCAUUGCUCAUCAAUCAUUG